GACUAUAAGACUUUUAACCAAAGAAUAUAAUUCUUCGAUGGACACUGAUGAUUUUAGAAAGUAGACUUAACUCAAGAGUUGAAAAGAGAAUUUUCAGGUACUCUAACAUGAUGUCCAUUUUGAGUAUCCUGGUUUUCAUGUUAGUGCAACGACAUGUGGUGAGCGCCAGCGAGCUCUUUCCAGUUUCCAUGUUCGAGGUGGACUCUGAUGAACACCAGCCGAUUGAUUCGCAGAAAAACGACGAAAUUGAGCCUUUCCAAGGAAAAAACAUCACUGAAAGAUUCGACGACCUCAUUACAGCGAUGGAUAUCCUCUGGUUGGAUAGAAUCACCAGCGAUUACGGCUUUAAACGACACCACAAAGACCCAAAGUGGAUAUCACAACCAUCCUUUAAGAGUCAUCUUGGACGACAGUACUUCGACGAAGCAGCAGAAAUAGCACUAAACUUUUUUCGGAAAUUUAACCAACACCUUACGAAAUCACCUUGGGAACUUUUGAAAGAAGCGACAGAAAAUGAUAAAUUCAAACUUCUUAAAAUUACAGCCGCUCGGUAUCUAUUAGUCACUCAUAUUCUUUGGGAUGUAAGUGGUAAGAAGUUAGUAGCUUGCACAGAAACGAGAGACAGUUACACCGACAUUCCACAGAGCUGGAAGAUCCCCAAGGAUGGAGUGUGUUUUCCUAAACCUUAUGGAAGCGCCAGAUACAAUUCAGACUACGACGUUGGGCUUAUUGGAAAAGAUUCUGGAACCGUCACCCAGAAAUUUAACGACUAUUUUGAAAACACAUUCCACAAACCCUCGGAGCUUGUAUUUGACACGAAUGUUUACGCCUACACCCUGGAAUUCGCCAUGCCCUCAAUGUUUCCCGACCUUCUCCCCGGGUUUAUUUCCAAUCUCAACAAACUUGAGCAAUCGAUGCGGUACAAAAUGCUAGAAUUGGCCAGUGCUUAUUACAAGGUCUUCAAGUACGACGAAAACAAUGAAUUGUUUAAUGAAAUGAAAAAUGGAGCCAUUACCCAACUGAAAAUAGGAGAUAAAAAGGCUUUGGAAAUGUUACAAUAUUGGCUUACAGCCUUUCAAGGUAUGAACUAUCUGUUGGGGUUUAAAAAAGGACCGAACGAGAAACUGGCUGGCUUCAGACGAAAACACAACAAAAAGUAUCAAUACUACCUACAGAAGAUGUCAAAGAAAGGAGGAUAUGCCGCACAGUAUACAGAAUUCCUCGCAGUUAACCUCGCCAAAGCCCUACCCUACGCUGCUGAGGCAUAUCACACUCGGGGAGCCAUACGACAUGUGGUACAGGGAAUUCAGAUGAAUGCAAUUAGCACCUGUGAAUAUUACACGCCGCUAUCAACUUUCGACCUGUGGGUAUCCAUGAUUGAAAACUGGGGAGAAGCAAUUAAAGAGUAUCAGCACUGCGGUCGGCGUACCUCCACGGCGGAGUGCUUGAUGAAGAUGAGUAAGUACCUUUCGAGAAUGUUCAACGCGAUGCGAGUGAUCCGACGUGCCCGUCUGCCAAGAGAAGCCAGAGAAAGAUUGCUAGACUUCGGAACAAUAGGUGACCCAGAGUUCGUGACGAACCUUUUGCUAAAAUACAAAGGAAGUGGAAAGGGACUCUCAAGCGCGGCUUUUGAGUUUGUAGAACUAUUUUUGCAGCAGUUCAAAUGCGAUGUGAAACCAUUUGAUUUGAAUUUUCCGUGGAAGUGCUUGAAAAAUAUCCAUGCUGAAGUGAAUGAAUAUAAUACAAUUUUGGCUUCCAAAGUGAACAAGAUAAAGACGUUGACAGCUCUAUGAAGCCUUUGAGUUGCCCCUAGAACAGCAGGUAACCUCGCAAAACAAGUUUUACAUUUUGUCAAACAGACAAAUAAAAAUCAAGAAAUUUACCGAUUAAGAAAAUUGCAAAUCCUCAAAAACUUAUAUUAUCAAGAAACGCUACUGAAACAGCGUAGCCUACAACAUAUUCACCAUUUACUCAAGACAUUUCAUAUUUACGUAUAUCAAAUAAGUCUGUACUUCUCUGUAUUAAGAAGUUUUCAGAUAUAGGAGACCCAAUAUAUUAUCGUGAAUUAAGAAAAAAUUCAGUUCAAGCUGUUCCUUACGCAAUCAUCUGGCCAACGUGGAAACACCAAUCGGCCGAAGAUUUCCCUGUACCUCUCGGACGUGUAGCGUUUAGAUAGCGCUCAACUGGAGAGUUGGCGUGAAAAUCCAUGGAUGUACUUCAGCAGUCAUAGACUUCGAUAAAAAGCGAGGUAACCAAGGUAACUGACUCCGGAUGAAUGUAAACUGCAUAUGUAUUGUCUAGAAAAUUGACAAUCCCAACUUCCAAUCGUUCGACCACUGAAAACGUACUCAGUCUGAUCUCAGGUGCGUAAGGUUGAAAACUCCCAAAAUUGAAGCUGUUGAAGUCUACAUUGCAUAUCUAAAUGAAGGACAUCAAAGUUCACCAUUGUGCUUACGGGUAGAAAAGUAACUGGUAAGGCCGAUGACACUAGCGAAAGAGACUACCUAAGAGGGUCGAGCUUCUCGAAGCAUGCUGAGUUCUAUUCCAGAUUUUACUGCAAAGGCAACAUAUCGCGUUGUUUUCUUGCUAACUCAGGAUUAAAGUCAAACUUGCUUCGUCCAGCCCGAUGUAAUUGUCAAAUAAUUUUUGGUCAUUAACCUGGGUAACUAAACUAAGGGCAACGAGUUAAAUUGACGAGUUUAUAUUGCACUUCUCUUCAAGUUAUUUUAAUCGCAUCUACCCGACAGAAAAAAAACGAAAAAAAAUUUAAAAUCUUCUUCAAAAGCCAACAGAUGUAUUGAGCAUUGUAACUCUUGAGUUAUAUUUACUGCUUCUGUAAACCCAGCUAAUCAUGCUAAAUAAAAAGACUGUUGGAACCAA